UGCAGGCUGGGCCGGGCGAGGUGGGAGAUUCGUAUCAGCCGGUGGCCCCGCCACCCGGCAGGGAAUUCAGAAUCCUUUUGGGUUUUGCUGCGUCCUUCGUGCUUCAUUCUCCUUCGUCGUCGUUCUAUAGUUCUCUACAUCGGAACCGAGCAUUUCCUUGAAGUGUCGUUACUCAUCUUCUUUCCUUGAGCCGUACCCCACCGCCAUUCUACGCUACAACCCCAUGAUGUUGCCGAAUUGGCAGCACCCGUGGCCUAUUUGUAGUUCGCGGUUUUGAUCGACUACAGCAGCAGAAUCGGUCUCGCAAACCUCAUUCCCUUUCUGUCGAGGAUUCGUGAUUUUGUUUGAAAACCAAGGGUGGAGGAUUUUUUGGGGGGGGUAGGGGAGGAAAAUUAACGUCGGGAGGAUUGGAUUCGCUAGUUUGCAACCGCCGUUUAUAUGAUAGACGUGGGACCGCGGUGCUGUUAUGCAUGGCGGACCAUCCAAUACCGGAUAUCACAGUGCCAGUCCCAGCGGUGCCACUUGGCGAGGAGAAGACGCCGGCACUGGACGCCGCUGAGGUCGUGAUGGAAAAGACGAAGGAUGUUACGAAGGUGGAGAAGAAGAAAAAAGAGAAGGUCGAGGUCGUGCCAUUCCUGAAGCUUUUUGCGUUUGCGGAUCCCUUGGAUUACGUACUGAUGAUCGUUGGCAGUAUCGGUGCAUUAGCCAACGGUGUAUCUUUGCCCAUCAUGACGAUCAUCUUCGGCGAUCUCGUUAAUUCUUUUGGUAACAACCAAACUGACACAAGUGUGCUGGUUGAUCAAGUCUCCAAGGUAGCUUUAAAGUUUGUGUACCUCGGUAUUGGAGCUGCAGUUGCAUCAUACUUGGAAAUUUCCUGCUGGAUGAUAACUGGAGAGCGUCAAGCAGCUCGUAUCAGGAGUCUGUAUCUCAAGACGAUUCUCAGGCAAGAUGUUCCUUUUUUUGAUCAAGAGGCUACAACAGGCGAAGUUAUUUCUCGGAUGUCUGGGGAUACUAUGCUCAUUCAAGAUGCAAUUGGCGAGAAGAUUGGCAAAUUCCAGCAGCUGUUCGCUACGUUCAUCGCUGGAUUCGUAGUCGCCUUUUUCAAAGGCUGGAAAUUGACAUUAGUAAUAUUGGCCACAUUACCUCUUUUAAUCGCCUCCGGCGGGAUUAUGGCAAUGGUGAUGUCGCGACUGUCAGGCGCAGGUCAGGAAGCAUAUGCUGAUGCUGGUUCAACUGUGGAGCAAGUGGUCAGUUCAAUUCGAACGGUGUUGUCUUACAAUGGUGAGAGAAAAUCUGUGGUUGAGUAUGAUCGUGCUAUUAGCAAGGCUGAAAAGUUGGGGAUCAAUUCAUCCAUAGCUGCGGGUUUGGGUCUCGGCCUCGCACUUUUUGUUAUGUUCGCUAGCUACGCGUUGGCCAUGUGGUACGGGUCCAUUCUCGUAGCUAACGACGGCUUAUCUGGAGGGAACGUAAUCAGUGUCGUAUUCGCUGUUCUUACCGGUGGGGGCUCAUUCGGCCAAGUAUCUCCAUGUGUACAAGCCUUUGCCGCUGGUAAAGCAGCAGCAUACAAAAUGUUCCAGGUUAUCAAGCGCAAGCCUGCGAUUGAUGCAUACGACCUCAGUGGUGAAAUUUUAGAAAACGUAAGAGGUGGCGUUGAAUUACGAAACGUUGAUUUCACCUACCCGAGUCGACCAGAUGUGCCCAUCUUUAAAAACUUCAACCUCACUAUUGCUGCCGGUACGACUGUUGCAUUAGUGGGAGAAAGUGGAAGUGGUAAAUCCACAGUUGUGAGUCUUGUGGAGAGAUUUUACGAUCCCAGUGGAGGGCAAGUGCUGGUGGAUGGUGUCGAUAUCAAGACCCUUCAAUUGAGGUGGCUGAGGCAGCAAAUUGGUCUUGUUAGCCAGGAGCCGGUAUUGUUUGCAACCUCAAUUAAAGAGAAUAUUGCAUACGCAAAAGAUUCUGCCACAGAUGAGGAGGUACAGCAAGCAGCUGCUUUGGCGAAUGCAGCCACUUUCAUCAACAAGAUGCCCAAAGGCUAUGAGACCCAAGUUGGGGAGCGAGGGAUUCAGCUAUCAGGGGGUCAGAAACAGCGCAUCGCAAUCGCGAGAGCAAUACUCAAGAAUCCUAGAAUUCUGUUGUUGGAUGAAGCAACAAGUGCUUUGGACGCUGAGUCUGAGCAUAUUGUUCAGGAAGCACUGGAGAAGGUCAUGGUCGGUCGCACUACAAUUGUAGUUGCACAUCGGCUUACUACAAUUCGUAAUGCAAACCUCAUAGCCGUCAUCCAACGAGGGGUGGUUGUAGAAACAGGUACACAUGAUGAACUUCAAUCCAGACAAGAUGGAGCUUAUUCACAGCUAAUUCGCUUGCAGCAGAUUAACAAGCAGCAAGACGAUGAGAUGUAUGAGAAUUUGGAUCUAGAGGGCGACCCUACGACUAUCAGCAGGUCUCUAAGUAAAGGCUCACAAGGUAGCCGCCGGCUCAGUCUUUCACGCAAGUCAUUGAGUACAACUCGAAGUCUCCGUGAGCAGGUUGGAAAGAGUGCUAGAUCAGAUCAGUCCGAUGCUGAGGCGGGGCAAAAGAAGAAACAGAAGCGCGCUGAGAUUUCAAUCUUCCGAAUUGCCAAAUUCAGUAAACCCGAGAUUCUCCAUUUCAUCAUAGGUUCAAUUGCCGCAGUUGCAAACGGAACCACAUUUCCAGUCUUUGGACUUCUGCUAUCAAAUAUGAUCUCCAUAUAUUUUAUAACCGAUCAUAAGAAACUGAGACACGACGCAAAUUUCUGGUCGCUCAUGUACUUCGUUGUGGCGAUUGGUAUAUUCAUCGUUGUCCCAGUACAAUUCUACACAUUUGGAGUGAUAGGCCAGCGGCUUAUUCGUCGCAUCCGUAGGUUGACCUUUGAGAAGGUUUUGAGGAAUGAAGUGGCGUGGUUUGAUGAGGACGAUAACAGCAGUGGCUCAAUUGGUACACGCCUUUCAACAGAUGCAGCAGCUGUAAGAAGUAUGAUUGCAGACACACUCUCACUUAUUGUUCAAAAUAUUGGCACUAUCGUCUGCGGACUAACCAUAGCUUUCAUCUACAAUUGGGAGCUCUCUCUUGUUGUCCUUGCCCUGGUUCCGCUCCUGGGUUCACAAGGGUACUUUCAGAUGAAAAUGAUGAAAGGCUUUAGCAAUGAUUCCAAGGUAGCAUACGAGGAUGCAAGCCGUAUUGCAAACGAUGCAAUUUCAAGUAUUCGUACAGUGUCAUCUUUCUGCGCGGAACAGAAGACGGUGGCUUUAUAUGAAAAAAAAUGCGAAAAGCCUCUGAAAAGUGGAAUACGCCUAGGUUUUAUCAGUGGAACCGGCUUAGGCUUUUCCAACUUUGUCAUCUUUGCCUCCUACGCUCUCGCAUUUUGGUUUGGGGCGAAGUUGGUGGACCAGGGCAAAACUAAAUUUGCCAAUGUUUUCAAGGUCUUCUUUGCCAUCGCCAUGAGUGCUAUAGGUGUCUCACAGUCUGCAGGUUUGACACCUGAUUUAACCAAAACCAAGCUCGCUGUAAAUUCAGUUUUUGAGCUGCUUGAUAGGAAAUCACGCAUCGAUCCCUAUGAUCAGACUGGAACGACGUUGAAGACAGUGAAGGGAGACAUUGAGCUCCGCAACAUUAGCUUCACUUAUCCCUCCAGGCCAACUAUACCCAUAUUCAAAGAUUUGAGUCUCACUGUGCCGGCUGGCAAGACUGUAGCACUCGUUGGAGAGUCAGGCUCGGGCAAGAGCACCGUGAUUUCGCUAUUAGAGCGUUUCUAUGAUUUGGAUGGCGGCUCGAUCCUACUUGAUGGUAUUGACAUCAAACAGCUGCAAAUCCGGUGGCUGCGUCAACAAAUCGGGCUUGUGAGCCAGGAACCUGUCCUCUUCAACACCUCUAUAAAAGCCAACAUCGUUUAUGGAAGAGAAGACGAUGUUUCAGAGACAGAACUUGUCUCUGCUACCAAAGCCUCUAACUGCUACAAAUUCAUCAUGGGCUUACCUGAAGGAUUUAACACAACCGUCGGGGAGCGUGGUGUUCAACUCUCAGGAGGACAAAAGCAGAGAGUGGCCAUUGCCAGGGCAAUUGUGAAGGACCCCAAAAUCCUGCUAUUGGAUGAGGCUACGAGUGCUCUAGAUGCUGAAUCUGAACAUGUUGUACAGGAGGCUCUUGACCGUAUCAUGGUUAACCGAACCACCAUUGUUGUUGCUCAUCGUCUCUCCACUAUUCGAAACGCUGACCUCAUCGCUGUGGUGAAAGAUGGGGCCAUUAUUGAGCGGGGAAAACACGAUGAGUUGAUGGCUCGGGAGAAUGGAGCAUAUCAUGCUCUUGUGCGUCUUCACUUGUCCAGCAAAUAAAACUAACUGCUGUGGACACUACUACACUUCGUAAAUUGCCAAUUGUCAAAUAUUUCCAUCACUGCUUUAGGAAUUUUUUUGGAAGUUAGUUCAUAAAAAAACAAACAGAUAGCUCGAUUAGUUGAGGAGAGCUUUACACACACAUAGUUGACUGCAAUUUUGACCAGGACAAAUUCUUUUUGUGACAAAUUCCUUGAACACUUUGUAUAUGUACGCUUUUGCUGUGAAGAUCCAGCUUGGUGGAUGUUGUUAUUUGGAUUUCUCUUUGAGAAUUAUGAAGAAGGGGCAACUUGUUGCAGCUUAUUUCUUCA